ACACACCCACACUUCCUCAUUACAACACCAGCAGGUUGCUCCUUCCUGCUCCAGCCUCUUCACCUCCUGCAGACACAGUAAGGAACAUGCACAUCAUGGAGGUGGUGGUUUUUGCUGUCGUGCUGCUGGUUUUUACAGGAUGCAAUGCACAGUCAGAUGUCUGUGGCAUCGCACCGCUCAACACUAAGAUUGUGGGGGGGGAGGCUGCUCCUGCAGGCACGUGGCCCUGGCAGGUCAGCCUGCACCGUAACUUGAGACAUAUCUGUGGAGGCUCUCUGAUCAACAACCAGUGGGUGCUGACUGCAGCUCACUGCUUCUCCAGCUCCAGCACUUUUGGUUAUACCGUGUAUGUCGGAAGGGACACCCAACAACUCUCCAACCCAAACGAGGUGUCCCGGAGCCUGUCACAGGUCAUCAGACACUCAGGCUAUGACUCAACCACAAGCGAUAACGACAUCGCCUUGUUGAAGCUGUCCACACCUGUGACCUUCACAAACUACAUCAAACCCGUGUGCCUGGCCGAAGACGGCAGCACGUACGCUGCCGGGGCGACCUGCUGGGUCACCGGCUGGGGAACCAUCCGGAGUGACGUUUCACUCCCGUUCCCUCAGCGCCUGCAGGAGGUGAGCGUCCCCAUCGUGUCCAACACGCAGUGUAGCGCCUCCUAUGAUACCAUCACAAGCAACAUGAUGUGUGCAGGUCUGGAUGAGGGAGGAAAGGACUCCUGUCAGGGGGACUCAGGCGGCCCCUUUGUGAGCAAAAGCGGCUCCAGGUGGGUCCAGGCCGGAGUGGUGAGCUUUGGAAAAGGCUGUGCUCUGGCCAACUACCCAGGAGUGUACACCCGAGUGUCGCAGUACCAGUCCUGGAUCAACACUCAGAUCAACAGCCCAGACAACAGCACCCAGCCGGGCUUCGUCACCGUCACAGCGGACGGGUCGUCCUCUGGAAGCACUCGUCUGGCUCCUCUCUCUCUGCUGCUUUCCUGCCUACCCGUCCUCUUCUCUCUCUUUGUGCUCUCAUAGGACGUCUAGAGGUCAUUCUUCUCAUUCUUUAAAACAACCAAAAUAAUCUGCAUAUAAAGUGAAAUAUUUUUAUUUCAAGGAAUUUCCCUGAACAAUUUACGGAAGUCCUCAGAAGCAAGUGAGAAUUUCCUUUCUGGUGAUCCAAAGUCUGUGUUUUAAUGGGUUUUUUUUUAAGGCCAUCUUGGGGAAAAAGUUUGCUUGGUAAAGAAAAUUCCCCCCAAAAAUGUUCAACUAUAUAAAAUAGAUAAAAAAGAUAGUUUUAAAAAGGUGUUUGUUGUUAUAAUGGGUUACUAUUUUCAGCGACAAUAGGCUGAGAUUGAACAUUAGCCAAUAAUAUAAUAAGGAUUAAAAUCAUUCAUGUAUUCUCCCAGGGUAGUUUUAAGACAUUUCACCUGGAAGAAAACAAGAUUCCUUUUAAUCAAAUUAAUACAGUAAUAAGUAAUACACACUUAGACAAAUUCUCCUGACAAAAAAAGUCCCCUGCUUAACUUUGUUCACCUGAUACACAGAUAUGAAAAAGUGACAUUCCAGAAAGUUGGUCAUGUUAAUUUCUAUUCUCUCCUAUUCUUAAAUCAUAAUUACAGGAGAGAAGACAUUGUAGAUCCUAAAAAAUGGAACACCAGAUUUGUUUUCCUCACUUGCAUCUCAGGGCAACCAAUAUCAAGACUGACACUCGUUUUUAAAAAAACAAACAUAAUAACUUUGCUCAUUCUGUUCUCAAUUAAUCAAAGGUAUUUUCUUUACAACGAGAGAGAUAAGGCAAUAUCUAAAUAUACUUUUGGCAUAUCCUUUCUUUAUUCUUCCCUUAUGCUAUACAACUUGUAUGCAGCAGUUUUGCACAAAACAUGUAGUUCAGAAGAAUAUAAACAUCUAAAAUGUUAUAACUCAAGGAUAUGUAGCAUAACGUUAUGUCUGAUGUGUCGUUAGUUUUUGUUGGGGCUGCAAAUAACGAUUAGUUUCUUUAAAGAUUUGAAUGCAGAUCAUCUUUCUUGAUCUAAAUCGAUUUUUUUAUAAAAUAUUUAAAAAUUGUGAAGAAAAGAUAUAACUUUUGCACUGACGGUGAAUUGUAGGGUUAACAAACCUCUGUGAUGUGAAAGAGGCAAUACUAAAGACAUGUAUUUGUGUGAUUAUACUAACAUUAAUCUCUUUUAAAUUAAUUACUGUAUCUUAUGACACAUUUUCUAAAAUGUUUUGUACUGAGCAAAUGCAACGGUGAUUUUAUUCAAGCUUUAAAUACAUGAAGUACAAACAUUUACAAUACAUCAUUUUAAAUUUAGUCAAAUGUUUAACUUCAUUGAGAUUCCAAAUGACACCAAUAAAUCACAAAUGAAAUGUG